AUGAAGUCCACUCCUUCUCCUCCUCCUCCAGCGUUUGUUCGUGUCAGCGAGCGAGACCUGACAGAGAUUGAGCUCCAUUCCGUCGACUCCAUCAAUGACCUGCACCGCACACACACCGAACAGCACAGCAAAGGUGUUCAGCCACCCCGUCCACCGCCUCCUUCCUCCAACGGAAACCUUCCGACGCAAGAUCGAAUUGUUGUCUAUCAAACAGGUCAACCAGUGAGAAGGCCCUGUGUGAGCAGACUGAAUGACAUAUGCACUUCCACUAGGCGGCACUAUUUUUUAUCAUGUGCAGCCAUUAUUGCGUUCCUCCUUAUUCUCAUUCUUAUCUUCAGUUUUUUAGUCCAGCAGAGCAAUGCUCUCCACACACUUUUGGAGAUGGUGAAACAGAAACAGGAAACAGCUGAAGAAAUCUCCCAAUUCUUACAAGAGCUGCAAAAGCUGCACAUUAACCUCACAGAGCAGCGACCAUAACAGCAAAUCAUUCAACACAAACCCACACUGUGACAACACUGAGAGAAGAGCACCGAU